AGUUCGACCAGCCUCAUCUUCGCAAAACCCCCAGGAUCAGGGUUCGUCUUCGCUGUCGACAAGAGCUGCCCCCACACCCCCAGGUGGGUUCGUUCCCCUUACCUCACCAUGCUCUAAACGCGAGUGAUUUAUUCGUAUUUAAUUUAUAGACGGACUGACUUUCAGUCUAAGUAGACUCAGUUGCUGUAGUGUUGUCAUGACCCCACAGGUAGAUGCUCGCAAUCAUGCCUCUGGGAUAUGGCAGGUCCUCAUCCUUUGAUACACAGUGGAUAGAAAUGCAUCCGCCAGUUUUGGCGCCUUAGGCUCUCUUUGGCUGCUGACAGUCAGAUCAGCUGGGCGCCGCUUAAUCGAGCUGUCGUCUUUAAGCUCCGUAACAGCAGCGCCCCUCCGCGUCACAAAAAUUGUAGGUUGAAAAUCAUCGCAAAAACAAAACGUUAUUCGAAACAUAUGUAUAUUACAAGCCCGUGUGAUGCAAAGAAAGAAUAUGAAGUAGCAGGAGAUGAUUGAAGAGGGAACCAUUGGAUCGAGUGAAGUGACAAAUAAGUUUGUGGACUUUAGAAAGAAAGUAGAAAUAUAGUUUGGUAUUUGAUUUAUACGUAAAGGAGAAAUAUAUAUAAGAUAAAAAAGAACCCUAUUUAAAAUGUGCUGAUAAAUUACGAAGCCAGGAUGCAUAGAAGACAUGCAAACUUCAACAACCUGCAUCUACAGCAACAAAAGCGACGACAACAACAACAGCAACAAAAGGAACAACAAUACUGGUGUCUGUCUCAGCCCCGAAGUGCCCAAGGAGGUGGCCGUGUCGACUGAAGUAAGCAGCCUAGGUCCGCGCGGCACUGCACCCUUCACUGUGGCCUCAAGUAUGCUGCUACUGCACACACAGUCCCCAUUCGGACCAAGCAGCUUCGCCGACCUGCUGUCCGCACCGUUUUCUGAAGACACAGGAGCCCUUACAGAGGAGCUCGAUCCAUUUCCGGACGUAGUAUUCCACCAAGAACCGCCCCCGCCUCAUCACGAAUCUCCCGGUGGUUGUGCGGGCCCCCUGAGCCCCGUAGGACCUGGAGCCCCUCUUCCCAGCUUCCAGGAAACAUAUUCUCCCCGCUACACCCGACCAACAGAACUCGCCAGCACGUCUCAUCAGCAGGGUUACAAGAUGGAUGAAGAGUGUUACAAUGUACCCACCCCCUAUAAUAACCACCAUCACCACCACCACCCCGCUGUGGUCUCUACACCAGCACCAUCACCCUAUGACUUCCAGCCAACCCCUCCGCAACCGGCCCCUUACUCACCCUAUUUCCCACCGCAGCCGCAACAGAGCCCUGGCUUCGAGCCCACACCACUCCCUCAAGACACAUACUCGCUACCCCACUUUCCUAGCACGUCGGAACUGCACGUGACCACGACGCUGAGUCCGAGGCAGAGGAGGGCGUCCUUACCGUUGCAGCGCUCCGAGUCCACUAGCAGCAGCGAGUCCCCGAAACUUCGACUGGGGGCGGUAUCCUCGGGAGGACCCGCCCCUUCAGCUUCAUCAUCGGCGUCGUCUUCCCCCGGCUGCGGUGGACUCAGCGACGUAAUGACCCCUACAGUCACAGCCCCUCCCUCAACGCCAGCAACAGCCACGGCCCCCAGCACGGGGGGCGCAGUACCCCGGACCAGCGGUGGGCCUGCACCCCAGUCUCCGUCACAGCUCUGUGCCGUAUGCGGAGACACUGCCGCCUGUCAACACUACGGAGUGCGGACCUGUGAGGGGUGCAAGGGAUUCUUCAAGAGGACCGUGCAGAAGGGGUCCAAAUACGUGUGUCUUGCCGACAAAGCGUGCCCGGUGGACAAGAGACGGCGAAACCGUUGUCAGUUCUGCCGCUUCCAGAAGUGCCUCGCUGUGGGCAUGGUCAAGGAAGUAGUACGCACUGAUUCUCUGAAGGGACGCAGGGGAAGGCUCCCCUCGAAACCCAAGUCGCCUCAAGAAUCUCCACCCAGUCCUCCUGUCUCUCUCAUCACAGCCCUGGUUCGGGCCCACGUGGAUACAACCCCUGAUCUCGCCAAUCUCGACUACAGCCAGUAUCGUGAACCCACACCAAAUGAACCUCCAAUGAGUGAAGCAGAAAAGAUUCAGCAGUUCUACAGCCUACUCACAACGUCUGUAGAUGUGAUCCGCAUGUUUGCUGAUAAGAUUCCAGGUUUUGCGGAGUUGAACCGAGAUGAUCAAGAACUCCUAUUCCAAUCCGCUUCUCUUGAGCUCUUCGUAUUGCGUCUUGCACACAGGACAAGGCCAGAUGAUACAAAACUAACAUUCUGCAGUGGAGUAGUACUGGACAAGCAGCAGUGCCAGCGGAGUUUUGGUGACUGGUUGCAUGCCAUUCUUGAAUUCUGUCAUUCUCUACAUGCCAUGGACAUUGACAUUUCUGCAUUUGCUUGUCUGUGUGCUCUGACCCUUGUUACUGAGCGUCAUGGAUUAAAGGAACCACACAAAGUGGAGCAGCUACAGAUGAAAAUCAUUGGUUCAUUGCGGGACCAUGUGACAUACAAUGCUGAGGCCCAAAGAAAGACGCAUUACUUUUCACGGCUGCUUGGAAAGUUGCCAGAGUUGAGGUCACUGAGCGUGCAAGGACUCCAGCGCAUAUUCUACCUCAAGCUGGAGGACCUUGUGCCUGCUCCACCUCUCAUCGAGAACAUGUUUGUGGCCAGCUUACCUUUCUGAAUAACUCAUUGUUGUAUGGAACAGGACACUGUUGAUCUGUGUGACUUGUCAACUUCAUCUGUCAAUACAGUGCCCAUCCAUUUUGAGGCUGGAUAUCUGGACAAUCCAAUAAUUUUCGUAGAUGAGAAUUUUUCAGGAAACCUUCAUGAUCUCCCAGCCAGUUACCAUGACAUAACACAUGCUAGAUCCUGAAGACUGUGUAUUGCCAGGCCUGCUCCCAGUCUCCACAAAGGAGUCAUUAUGCAGCAGUCUGAUCAUUGUGUGUCAUAAUGUAAGCAUUUCAAGGAGAUCUCCUGACUAGUGGUUACCUUCAGCCAGUUCCCUUGCCAUUUAAAACCCCAGUUUUACUUAAUCAAGAAGAUGAUGUGAAGAUAUUGAUAGUUACCUGCAGUACAACUCUGAUUUGAGAUGUAUUUCUCCCUCUAGAUUGCUUUACAAAGCUUCUAUAGGGCUUAGAUUUCCUCUGAAAUAAGCCUUGUUCCUUCCAUGUGCUUGGCCCUUAUGAACUGUUACAAUCAUGCCUGCACAGGUUCUCUCAAAGGAAUGUUUCUGGAGUUAUGUUUUUAUGCCAGAUAUGCCAGUCUGAUUACAUGUGAGUGGCUGGUAUUGCUGUAGUCAAAAUAAUUGUGAUGCAUGUCUCUUGGCUUGAUAUGCAGUCAGUUUUCAUAUCUCUCUUCUGGCUGUGGACUGAAUAAGAAGAGCAGGUAGUCAUUUCAUAGAAAGGAAAUCUCUGCACUUUUACCGCUGGGAGACACUCUCAUAAAAUAUUCCUUAUUAUCUACAUUUCCUAAUGAGACCAAUUGUGAUAAGUGAUGAUUGAGUAUGUAGCAGUGCUGUUAAAGAAAAUAGUUAUUUUAUUUGUGUUGCUCUUCAGUGUGCAAUUUCAAGGUUGUGAAUGUGAAACGUAUGAAUGUAUAUUUGUGUGUAUGCAAGAACUCUUAAAAUUUUCUUGUGUGCAUCUGCGUUGGAUUUUACGCACAAGACAAGUUCAGCACAUACCUAUGGACAUAAUUGCAACAUAUAUUUUCUUUUAUUUCUACUUGUUAAUUGAAUUCUGAAGUUACCAUAUGAUAUAAGCUGAUAAAAUUAUACAUGCCCACACAUGUGCAUGUAUGUAAUGAUGAGACUGGCACUUAAUAUGCAUCCAGCAGUUAACAAGAUACAGGACUGAGGGAGCACAAGCUGGAGCCUGGACACUCGCUUCUCCCUCUGUCUCAUUUUCUCUUUCUGUCCGGACUGUGAUACCUUUCCAGUGUGUGACAGAUAUGAGCUUACUGGUAGACAGACUCACCCUCUUGCACAUUUGUGACAAAAUCACCACUUCCUGUUCUACACCAAGUCCUUUCCACAACCUAUUCAAAAGUUACGGUUGAAACUUGUCUGACUUAGGCAUGGGGAACUUAGUUGAAGCAUUGUAUAGUAAAUAACUGUUCAUUGUCUUCUUACUAAGCAGAACUAUUUCAUCAGCCUCUUAAAUGGAAGGGAAUGAUAGGUAAACAUAUUUAGAUCAAAAGUUUUUAUUUGCCUUUCCAGCAUAUCUAUAGACUCUGGCCUUACAAAGGAGCUCUUUCCUUCCACAUAGGUUUUUUUAAUCCUAUUAUUAAAAAAAAAAAUUCAAAUUUGAACUGAGUUAUUAGGGGUUCAUAACAUGCAGAAAUAAUGUGAAUGAAAUUUAUUCCGGGUCUUGCUGACAGAUUUCAGUUUCUGCUUUUCUUGAUUGAAUGUGCAUAUUAUUAAAAAUUCUUUCAAACAUAAAUUUUGUUAUUACAAUAUAUAUUUCAUGUUACGUACAUGCUUUUAAUUUACUUAACCUAUUUGAAGAAAAUUUAAUCUUACUUUGCAUUCAUUAUGUUGAUGGAAAGGGAAUGAGAUAUGCACCAAUAUUUCAGUAUCUUAUUUCUGUGUGAGUUUCUUAAAAUACAAAUUGUUUCUUUCUUAUUAAGUGAAAUAAGAUUGUAAGAUUUUGAAUUGUUUCAUUUUGGUCCGUUACACUGUCAAUCACAAAUUGUCAAUGAGAAAUCUGUCGAGUGCAACAAUGUUUCUAGGUCACUUAUUUAUCUCACUUGCCUUACAUGUUUCGGUUCAAGAAAAACCAUCAUCAGAGGCACGCAUUACAAACACAUGAAAACACUGGCAUUGUUUAAUGUACACAGUUUGUAAGCUGCAUGGACGCUGUUACAGAUGUCGAAGUGUAAAAGCACAACACUUUCUAGUAACAUUGAAUGCAAGAGUUGUACGUGCAUUCAAUGUUACUAGAAAGUGUUGUGCUUUUACACUUCGACAUCUGUAACAGCGUCCAUGCAGCUUACAAACUGUGUACAUUAAACAAUGCCAGUGUUUUCAUGUGUUUGUAAUGCGUGCCUCUGAUGAUGGUUUUUCUUGAACUGAAACAUGUAAGGCAAGUGAGAUAAAUAAGUGACCUAGAAACAUUGUUGCACUCGACGGAUUUCUCAUUGACAAUUUGAGAUUGUAAGAGUUUAGUUUUUCAUCCUGAAAGAAGACACAUUGAUACAUUACAUGUACAAAUCUUAUACCAGUGGCAGAGUGUUAACAUAAACCAUGUUAGCCUGGCUAAAACUUGGAAAAAUAAAAUAAAGUGUUAUUCUUCUGGUUCUGUGACACUCCUUGUGAUGGCAGAACAAGUGAUCAGACAAUUCGUUUGCCACUUCCAGCCAGCCCAUCGCAGGCACUGUUAGCUGGUUCCUCAGGCUUACAUUAGACAUUUGCGAAUGCAGACACAGAAGAGUCACUAUAUAGGACAGAGAGAAAGAGAAAGAGGGAUGCAUAUCAUACCAAGUUAUCACGAUAGCCAAAUGAGGAAUGUUAACACUAUUCAUUGCACAGUUUAACACUUUUGAAAAAGUCACACUGCCACUGAUGUAUGCUAUAAAUAUCUGACAGAGUCACUUUACAGAUUUCAGUUGAUAUUAGCAGACAACAGGAUUGCCAUACUAUUUAAAAUUUUAAUUUACAUGCUAGGGUUUUUGCAGUCAUCUUAUCUCAGUUUCUACUUUUGAAUGAGACAUGUAGGCUGGUUAUUCCUUUAUAUAAAAUGGCUUUGAGGAAUACUGACAGUUAGCAGAUGAUAAAAGGUCUGAAAUUGAACUGUGUCCUAUAGUACAUGUAUGCAUUACUACAUGUUAAUUGAAUUGCAUCUGAUUGUAAUUGUAACAAGAAAAUACAAUUACUUAAAUAAUGUGUGAAGUUCCCCAUUCCUGGUUACAACACAUGCUAGUACUUUUACAGUGAGCAGGUGUGUCUCUUGCUAUAUUAUUACUUGAUGGUCUUUAUAUCAGUGUAACUAAUUCACUCUCCAUGUGUCACUUUUGAAGAGGAUAAUGUAUAUUAUAUAUAUAUUGAUACUAUAUUUUGAGGUACAAAGAUAGAAAGGUAUAUUUUAAAAGAGGUGGUGAAAGAUAAGGUGAUUGUAAUGUGCCACAAGGGGUGAUAGCACUAGCCUAAUGUGAUGUGCCGGAUAUUUCAGAUGAAUGUGUGAGUAGAACAAGUAUUAAAUAAUUUUUCCAUAUAAUCAUCAUAUCAUUACCAGUGAGAUGUUGUUAAACUGAAUUAUAUAUAAAAUAAGAAGAAAAAGGAAAUUAACUUUUGUACUGCCUUGGAAUAUGAUGCUGCCUUUUCAAAAGUGUAGUGACAUUUGUGGUAGAAUGCAGUAUGGUGAUAGGUGUUAUCAUUGUCAUUGUUAUUUAGGUGUUUGUUCUAUAAACAUUUUCUUUGUCCCUUUAGUUCAGAAGAAUCAUUUUGAUGUUGUGUUUAAUGCCAAUGUCUGGGCAUGCUAUAUACAGUACUGGUGUUUUCUGAAGAUACUUAUCUCACAUGCAUACUUAUCUUAUUUUCCCCCCUCCUAUAUUGUUAGCUGUGUCCAGUUUGAUUGUGGUCAUUAUACCUAUUGUAAAUGUGAGUGUAUUAAUCAAAGAGCUCUCUCCUGCAGAUUUUUGUUUCACACUGUUGCACAAUGAUAGGUGCCAUACAUUGUAGUCACAUACAGAGUUACCACAUUAUGAAGUAUGAAUGGUGCAAAAGGAGUAAAAUAGAGAGUUAUUAGGUAUUUAUGGUCAAACUGAGGAUCUUCAUAUUAAUAUAAAUAUCACUUUGUACUUAAAACAUGUAUUAUGUUCUGUUUCAUUUUAGUCAUCUAAAAGUUGCUUUGGAAAAUAAGUAAAAAUUCUUCCAACUUUAAUACUUUUAACUUAUGAACUAUUACAACAUAAUGUAUAUUACUUAUAAAUAUAGACAUAUCAUAAUAAUUAUCUUAGUAUGAUGUAUAUAUUUUUAAUGUCUACAAAGCUAUUACUAUACUAUUUUUUUUUGACUUCGUCAGAUUCAAUCUCUUGAGUUUGAAGAAACCUAUCAGUCCAUAAUGUAAUUAUCAUAAGAAAUAUUUUGUACCUGCUUUUUUUUAAUGCACUCUUAAUAUUGCCAGCCAUGUGUAAUAACAAGCAGCUAUGUGUCAAAGAAAUUGCACUUUUUCAUUACAAACAUAAUGAUCUUACACAUACUUGUCAUAUUUUUGCAUGGUGCAAUGUGUUUGUUGUUGUAGGUGGCCAUGAUACCAAAGAUAUUUUUAACCCUACCAUUAUUACCAUACUAAGAAUAGUCGCCUGCUAAAGCUAAGAGUGUAGCAGUUUCUUUUUAUGUUUUUUAUCCAUAGAUUUCAUUAUUUUGGGAAUCAUUUUAUUCUUGCCAUAUACUUUUUAACAUAGACGUGUUAGUUUGCUAAUUUUAAGUGGACCUUACAAUCUUCUAUUACUGGAACUGCUGGAGUUAUUCAGCCAGAGAGCCAGGCUAUGUACGUGGCCACCAUGUUCUUCCGCCCUCCAUAUAGCCAGCCUCUUGGUACAUGUUUGGACUCUUGUUACAAAAUAAAGAGCUUUACAAUGCGUUA